AUGAAGUGUUUGAAGUGCACGAGAGUUGAGAGCGUUAAUGACGUCACAUUGUUGUCUCGAGAGAGAGCUUCUGGCGAAAGAAGCUUUUGGUGUUGUGUUCGUCGUGUGUCUCGCGCUUCGCACCUGAGACCCAGUGUUGAGACCGAGAUUAUCGCCAAUCGAUUGGCAAAAAGGGCGCAUUCGCUGUCAGCGCGCGCCACAGCACUGCCAGUGCGAGAGUGCAGUUGGGAUGUGGACUUCGGGCGCGAGAGUCGUCUUGGCGGCGCUUCUUGUCACAACGCCAACGACCAGUGCUCGGAGUGUCAGUUCGGAGCCAAAUGCCACGUGACGUCCGCUCGCACUCAAUGCGUGUGCGAAGAGCGGUGCGAAGAGGAGGGGAGAGAGAGAGCGCUGAUUUGCGACUCGUGGUGCCAAUCGCUGCCGUGUCUGUCGCCACUGUCGCGCAACGCGUCUCGCGUCCUGUUGUCCGCCGUUUGCGGCCGAAACCACAAGAGCUACGCCUCUGAGUGCGAGUUGAAUGCUGACGAGUGCCGCGAGAGGGCGUUCAUCGGAGUCCACGGAACGGGUUUGUGUGCCGAAGACCACUGUCUGCCGAACACGUGUUCCCAACCCUUCGCCCAAUGCCUGCCAACACAACAAGGGUUUCGGUGUUUUUGUCCACAAUGUCCGCAAAGCACCGAAACAGCCGUUUGCGCCUCCAAUGGACGCCUCUAUGACAGCGAGUGUCACGUGAGACGAGACGCGUGUCUUCUGGAGCGCGACCUCCGAGUCGUGCGUUCGGGAGAUUGCGGCCAACAAUGCGGACAGAAAUGCGUUUUCGGCGCCAAGUGCUUGUCCGGGAAAUGCGUGUGCGAUGAGAGGUGUCAGAGGUCCGUCGCCUGGAUCUGCGGAACUGACGGAAUUUCGUACGAAAACGAAUGCCUUCUUCGACGACAAUCAUGUCAUCUAUCGGUCGAAAUCCGAGUCAAACACAACGGCAGUUGCGACGAGACGUCACGUGACGACAAAGUGGCCAAAGAGUGCGAGAAAUGCGAAGACAAGAGAUUCGAACCGAUUUGUGCCAACGAUAGAGUGGAGUCAGUGGAGCGACUGGACAGUCGAGGGCUCAGACAAAGACUGAAGAGAGCACAUGAAAGCACUGCUCUUUUAUACAGUCUCUUUUACGGCCAGUGCGACGACGAGGACCGGUGGGAGGGGUCGGCGGCCGACAACUGCCGCCAGCCGUGUCUGUUCGGCGCGAAGUGCGCCGCCGGUGCCCGUUGCGAGUGUCACUUCCGCUGCUCUGACGUCACGUCGGGUCGCGUUUGCGGACUUCUCGCGAACAACGAGACGCGUCUCUAUGACAACGAAUGUCGUCUUCGCGAAGAGAGUUGUCGAAGGCAGCAAUCGAUCGCCAAUUGUUCCCAACUUUGCGGCCACUCGUCUCCCGUCUGGCGCUCGGGACGCCCUCUGGCGUGCGUCGGCGGCGGCGAGUGUCCGCCCAACAGCGGGUGUGUGGGCGGCGUUUGCUGUCACUGCCGUUGCCAUAGAGACGGAACCGAAGCUCCGAUGCGUUGCGAUGACAACCGAUGCCAAUGCAAACGAGGGAUUUCUGGCGUUUUCUGCGACCGAUGUUUGCGCGGCUUUUACGCCUUCUCCUCGUCGGGCUGUUCGGCGACUGUCAUCAGCGAACAGGUGAGCGCUCUCGCAGAUCACGUGAUGCUAACAUUGCUCUCCCAAAAGGGCGCUGUGUGUGCAGAGCGGGGUUCGCGGGCGCGAAGUGCGAGACGACAAUCGAAACGACAAUCAAAACAAAUAAAGAGUUUAUUCCUUGAAAUCGAGUUUCUUGAAUCUCUCGACGUCGUAGAAGUUCGCGCGCACGACGCGGCCGCCGAAGUAGCGCCCGUUCAGGUCCACCACCGCUAG